UAACACAUGUGAUGACAACUUAUAUUAUUUUAAGUGUUAUUAUUGAAUUUAACAUAACUUUGUCUAUUACAAGAGUGUUUAGAAUACGAAAUGGUAACGCAACAUACAGAACUAUGAGACGUUUUUCUAAAACAUUGAAUAGAAUAUCUGAAGAUGUAGAGGGAGAGACAGCUCAGCAAGUGAGAUACAGCCUACCAGAAAUGAUAUUUUUAGGAGUCAAAGAUAGUAAAGAGCUCGAAGAAAGGCAAAGAGAACUGGAAUAUUUCAAGUUCGUUUCUGCCGGAGACAUUGAAAAAGUCAAUGAGUGUUUGACAGGAGACAAGAAAGUGAGUGUCAACUGUAUUAAUUAUCAGGGACUUUCUGCUCUGCAUUUGGCUCUGAAAAAUAACGACACAAAAAUGGUGGAGUAUUUGCUGAAAAGAAAAGAUUUAGACUUGAUGGACUGUGCACUUUACGCAGUGAAACUGAAUCAGACUGAUAAUGUAGAAAGGAUAUUUAAUAAACUGAAGACAAUCCACCCUUCCUUAGAGUUCUCACCUUGCAUCAAUUCUGCAGAAUUCCCUGAGUACUUAACACCUUUAAUAGUUGCAGCCCAGUGUGGACAUAUUGAAAUGAUUCAUUUUCUUUUUUCUCGUGGUCAUCCCGAGAUUCCCCAGCCUCACAAGCCCACUUGUGUGUGUAGCGAGUGUGUUACCAUGAUGAAAGAAUUAGACCCUCUGUUGAUUGCCACCAAGACGUUCGAUACGUACAAGGCUAUUUGUAGUCACGCGUAUAUUCCCAAUGUAACCAAUGACCCCAUCCUGAUGGUUUUCCAUUUGGUAGAAGAACUGAAGGAACAGGCUGUAAGAUACAGGCUCUUUCACAGCAAGUACGAUGAAUUGAUAGAAGAAACAGAGAAAUUUGCUGCUGAUUUGAUAGCUUUUUGCCGAAACACAUCUGAAGUUUCAACGGUGUUAAUGACAAAAGAAGGAUCAGACCUUCGAGGAAAUGUUAUAUUUCCAAGGCUGGUGUUGGCAGUGGAGUAUGACCAAAAAUUGUUUGUCGCUGAAACAAAUGUACAGGAAGUUUUACAAACUGCUUGGGUUGAAGAUUGGUACGCUUGGAGGAACUACUCAAAAUUUAAACGUUCAUUGUUUAUUAUUGGGCGUAUGAUAUCCAUAGUAUAUGUAUGUUUUACAUGCUUGUUCCGUCCAAAGUCAGACGAUGCUAAAUUUUACAAUAUUCCAGUGAAUCGAAUGGUCACCUCAGUAUCUUCAUACAUUUAUUUUUUAAUUUUGUUAUACUUAGAAUCUAGUCAAGAAAAAAAAGGACCAGACACGGUACGAUAUCCUGGAUGAUGCAGGAUUAAGGUUUAUAAUU